AUGAAAUCGCAGACUGGAUCCCUUGCAUGGGAAAACUUAAGAUAUGACCUAUACCCCUGGCUCAAAGACGCUCUACUAUCGUUGGGCUAUCCAACGAUGACACCAGUGCAAGCAUCCACCAUACCUUUGCUUUGUGGGAAUAAAGACGUCAUCGUUGAGGCCGUCACCGGGUCAGGUAAGACACUAGCAUUUGUUAUUCCAGUGUUGGAAAAGAUAUCAAAGAGGUUAUUUACACCUGAUGUGGAUGGCAAGGUGGAACCAUUGAAACGGAAUCAUAUUUUGAGUAUCGUCAUUUCACCCACUAGAGAAUUGGCCAAACAAAUUCAAAUGGUUUUUGAUCGAGUAUUGGAGUAUUUACCAGAAGACUUAAUGCCACAGAUUAAGACACAGCUACUAGUUGGGUCUUUGGGUACUGUUCGUGAAGAUCUUGAAAAGUUUCAAGAGAACCAACCACAGGUAUUGAUAGCUACACCAGGGCGAUUGUUGGAUUUCUUAACCACGUCUCCCGUUGUGAAAACAUCGAGUUUGGAAAUUGUCAUUUUGGAUGAAGCAGACAAAUUGUUGGAUUUCUCAUUUGAAAUGGAUGUCGUUAACAUCUUGAAGAAGUUGCCCAAGCAACGAAGGACGGGGUUAUUUUCAGCGACAAUUUCAUCAGCUGGUGAUACCAUUUUUAAAACAGGGAUGAACAAUCCAGUAAGAGUUCAAGUCAAGACCAAGAACUUCCUCGGCGAGCAACAGAAUUCUCCUACUUCAUUGCAAUUAUCAUACAUGUUGUUACAACCAGAAUACAAGAUAACUUUGUUGUUGACGAUGCUACGAGACUAUGAUUUCAAAAAAGUAAUUGUAUAUUUCCCCACAUGUACGUCAGUAAAACACUUUUAUCAAAUUUUCACCAAGUUGGUCAAUAGUGAUGGAAAUGAAUCAGAUUUGCAAUUCUUCUCAUUACACGGACAGUUAAAUACCAAAGCUAGACUAAACACGUUGGAGAAAUUCAUCAAUGGGGACGAAGCUGAUACCAAGUAUGUUUUGAUGACUACUGAUGUAGCCGCUCGAGGUAUAGAUGUACCUGAAGUUGAUCUAGUAGUGCAGUUGGAUCCACCAACUGACCCGAGUGUCUUUUUGCACCGAUGUGGAAGGACGGGAAGGGCUAAUCGGUCUGGUAGAGCUAUCGUUAUGUUGAAUGAUGGAACGCAAGAAGAAGAUUAUGUUGGGUUCAUGGAGGUCAAGAAUGUAUUUAUGACCAAAAUUGAUCCACCGGAAUCAACAACUGCACGUCACGACUUGUUUCAGAAACGGCUUCGUAAAUAUAUGCUUGAUGAUAGAGCUCGCCACGAGUUAGCUGUUAAGUCAUAUGUUGGUUUCAUACGAUACUAUUCUAAACAUGUUGCAAGUCUGAUUUUCCGUUUAGCUACUCUUGAUUACUUGGCAAUUGCCAAAAUGUAUGGAUUGUUGAGAUUGCCCAAGAUGCCAGAGACGAAAUAUAUUGACAGUUCCCUCAUGCCGCAAGACGGCUGGCUCGGUGAGCCCAUUGAUAUGGAUACUUAUGCUUAUGCUGACCAAUUGCAAGAAAAAUCAAGGGUGGAAAAUUUACAGCGAGAUAAGGAGUUGAAAAUUGCCAAUGCUAAAAAGCGCAAAGAAUUGAAAAUCAAAAAUGAAGCAUGGUCAAGUAAAAUUGAUCAUAAGGAGACCAAACAGGAACGGAAAGCAAAAAUGAAACGGAAACGUGAAGCAAUUGAAAAACAAUUGAUGGAAAAUGGUGAUGAAGAGGAGGAACAAACACAACAAGAUUGGAAGGAUUUAGUACGUCAAUCGAAAAAGACAAAGAAUCAAACCAUGCAAGGAUCAUUUGAUGAUCUAUAG